AUGGUUGCUAAGCCGAGUGCAGUAUCAUUUUCUGGUGUGGUCGUCAAAGUUGGCACGGAUGUCAGCCGCUUCAAGAAGGGCGACCGCAUCGUCACCAACAGUGCUGGAAGUAUCCGCAAUGAUCCCCGAUUUGGAGCAUACCAGAAAUACGCGGUUACCACGCAAGAAAUGACAGCGAAGAUUGGACAAGUGUCCUUCGAAGCUGCGGUAUCCAUCUCCAGCCUGGCCUAUCCUGCCAGUGCACUUUUUAAACACCUGCACCUUGAGAAGCCAGCAGAACAUACCAAUCCCGAGAACAAGAACAAGAAGGUGCUUAUCUGGGGCGCUUCUUCUUCUUUCGGCGCCUACGCAACCUAUCUGGCUGCUAGAGCAGGUUAUACAGUGGUGGGCGUUGCGUCUUCCCAGAAUGCGCAGCUUGUGAAGUCCUUCGGUGCUGUGCACUUUGUCGACAGGAAAUCACCGACAGCAACGCAAGAGCUCAUAGAUAUAGGACCUUUCGAAGCCGUCUUGGCAGCUGCUGACGCUGCCCAGGAUCAGCCUGUGUUGGGAGCUGUCUUGGCUGCGCACGGAGGGGGCUCUUUUCUGUCGACAAUGGGCUUGCGACCCGGUGUGGAGCUGCCCCCUGGAGUUGAAGCAAACUUUGUGGCGAUCAUGGAUGUCUACCUUGACCCCAAGACACGCGACUUUACCACGUGGGUGUGGUGGGAUUUCUUGGAAAGUGAGCUCGCGGCUGGGCGCCUGCAGCCUGUGCCCGUCCAUGUUCUUGGUGGCCUGGACAUGGUGCAAGAGGCAUGGAAUCUGCUCAAGGCGGGGAAACGUCGCGGCGUUUCCGUGCCUUCCUUUUACUCUGAACCUGAUGCCGACACAUUACAUGACAAAACCGGUCUGGAGGCUUUCCGCAUUGCGGGUCUGCCACCGGAUUUCUACUAUAUCCCCAACUUCAUUAGUCAUGAGGAGGAAGCGUCGAUUUUGCAUAAGAUCCCCGCCCAAAGAUGGACCCACCUCACGCACCGCCGCCUCCAAGCCCUCCCCUCAACACUCACAUCCAACAACACGCUCCUCGCCGCCCCUCUACCUACUUACCUCACCACACCCAUUCUACCCCGCUUCAAAGACUUGGGUAUCUUUGAUCACACGCCACAUGGGCAGCCAAACCAUGUUCUGGUAAACGAGUAUAAACCCGGUGAGGGCAUCAUGCCGCAUGAAGACGGUGGAGCGUAUGCUGAGGUCGUUGCGACGGUUAGUCUGGGAGGGGCGCUGUGUUUGGAUGUGCUGGAGAAGGGUGGGGAUGAGGGAGGGAAAGAAGAGGGGAAAGGAAUGAAAAGUGGCGAAGAUGAAGAACUUUCCCAGCCUCUUAACGCAGACGCAGACGGACAAGAGCAUGAAACCAAAGAAAAGAUGCUCUCACUCCCAAUCCGCAUCUUCCAAGAACCCCGCUCCUUACUCAUCACCACCGGACGGGCCUACAGGGAUCUCAUGCACGGUAUCGCGUCAAUCGAGAUUGAUGAAGAUUUGAACGCCGAGACGGUGGCGAAUUGGGAGUUGUUGAGUGAGGAAGGGAGGAAACAGGUUGAAGAGUAUGGAGGAAGGAAUGUGAGGGAGGCGAGGGUGAGUUUGACGUAUAGGGAUGUGAUUAAGGUUAGUAAGGCUGCGAGUAGGGUUUUGGGUGGGAUGGGUAGGCGGUAG